UUUGUCAACAAGUGAUAAGGAGAAAGUCAUCGAAUCGACUGCAAAUUUCUUUUAUUUGGUGUUCAGUCCCUAAAUUCUGUAAUGCCUGACAAUAUUUCAACUUUCAACUUUUAUUCCUCAGAAAUAUCUUCAUGCAUUGAAUUCGUUAAUGUGCAGACUUGAUUUCUUUAAGGAAAGUUCAUAUGCAGUGUGCAGGGAGUGUGUCAUAAAUUUCAAGCGGAUCUUCAUUUCCUAAUUUGACUGAAUCUCAUCGGGAAAUCAACAAAACUACAUUAAUUCCACAUGUAAGAAUUCUGCAUUUGGAAGGAAAAGGGUUCUUUUCAUCUCAGGAGACUGCAUUGCUGUCUUGUAACUAAAAGUAUCUGCAGGUUCUCAACCCUUAUAUAUUGUAUUUGCUAUGGACUCAAAUCCUGCUGAAAAUUCAAACUCAGAUCAAUCAGACACCAUUAAACAGAAGCAGUUGUAUUUUCUUAAUGAACAAUUGCAGUCCAUGGUGCGAGAAUUGCCACCACAAUAUCAGCAACGGCUGCCCUAUGAAUUAUUGACUUGUCUUGCAGAAUCUCUUUUGGAUGGGACAGUUUUUAGUAUCAUCAGUAACUUAAUGGAUAUUCAGCAUGUUACAGAAAAACAGUUGUUUCAGCAAAGAUUAUCUUACUUGAGAAGUUAUUCAGAUAAAGUCCAGGCAGUGACCAAUGGUGAUUUAGGAGAAGAAGAAAAGGCAGUCCAAUUGAAUACCCUGAGUGCCAGGCAUAAAGAGGAAUUGAAACUUUUUGAUAUGAGUAUCAUAAUGAAGUUAGAUGAAAAAGUAGCUGACCAACAAAGGAUUUUAGGUCUAGCUGGAGUACCAGGCUUCGAGGUGACAAGUGACCCAAUUAAAAUUCAGCUGCAAAUCCGUCUUCUAGAUUUCAUUUUGCGCAUUAGCCAAAUGAACUUACCUUUCAACUGAAUGUGGAUUACGCAUCUCUCUUGCUCCUGUGAGAUCUGUUUUUCUGUGACACACAAUGUUCUCAUCGGAUGAACCAAACGAGGAAGGAAUCAUUUUCAUGACUCAUUAGGGCUGCCACUGAGAGUGACUUCUUAAUGCUUUUUUCUCCUUGCUUGUAAAGGAGAUCAUGAAAUUUUCACUAAAGGAAAUCCUGGAAGAAAGAGCUUAAAGCUGUGAUAUUUAAUAUCAUUGGAACAGCAUGUUAUGUAAGACAGUAGAAAUCUUUUUUGUUCCUCGUUUUUUGCAUAGAGUACAUAGAGUCGUAAUAGGAAUGAAGGAGCUGGGGCCACUUUUGUGAAUUUUCCAGUCUUUGAAAUCCAUGACUCCUCAGCGGUGCCAGGUUACUAUUUUGAUACAUAAUCGAUUUUUUUCGAUACACAGAUACCUGGCCGAUGAUAGGCCUUGUGAUGUAAACAAAGAGGUUCUGAAGUAUUACGUAUUCUGCAUCGUCAUUUUGGAUCGAAAAUAAAUCGGAAAGGUGACCAAAUCUCAGCGCACACCUGGCUUGGAACUCGUCGAUCAGAACAUGACCCCAGCUCACUUCUUCAUAUUGCGACUCUAUGUACUCCAUGGUGUUUUGGAACUGAUGAGCUUUGUGGAAUCCCCCUAAUAUUUAAGUUCUUACCAAAUACCUCAGAUAUUUUCAGUCAUAGACUACAAGACGAUAAUAUUCCAAUGUAAGCUGUAUUUUGCCACCCUUAAACUAAAAUUAAUUCAAAAGAAGAAGUAAACAGAAUAAUUCUGUUACAACAGGCCUCCAAGUAAGGUCAGAGUAUAAACAUUAAGAUGAUGGAAAUAUUGAUAGGGAAACCGCAAAAAUAAGUAUCUCGGUUACGGUGUUUCAAAAUCACAGCUCGUAUUUUAUUUUUUGAUGGAGACCAAGCAAACAUCAUGGCUUGAAAUUUUCACAAAAUAUCCAUCAGUCAUAGCAGAACAAUCAUGAAAGUUUUCAAGUAAUUAGAUUUUGUAUUUUUCUAUGUAGAAAAUCAAGUAUGACAGGAGGUUUUCAACGAGCAUUUCUUCGCUACGCAUUUCUGCAGUUUCACCAAUGAUAAGUUCUAUUAAUAGCAACGUGUGUUGGAAGCUUCAUAUUCACUGAUGACCAACCAUCUGGAAUAUUUUCAAAACCUUGCUAAUGAUUAUGUGUAUUGAUUGCUGGAGCAUUUCGACGGUGUAAGUC